UGAGACAAACUUCUUUCUUAUAAUUUCAGAUUCUACACGGUCACUGUUAGCUUCCACCUUUUCCUCUGAAAUAUGCAAAACCAAAGCUUUAUAACUGAGUUCGUCCUCUUGGGUCUUUCAUGGAAUCCAAGUGUUCAAAAAAUUGAAUUUGUUGUAUUUUUGUUUUGCUACAUGGCAACUGUUGGGGCCAAUUUGCUAGUUGUGGUGACCAUUGUCAAAAGCCCGACACUCCUGGGAUCCCCCAUGUACUUCUUUCUGGCCUUCCUGUCCUUCCUGGAUGCCUGCUAUUCCUCUGCAUUUGCACCAAAGAUGAUUGUGAACUCUCUCUAUGAGAAGAAAACCAUCUCCUUCAAGGGCUGUAUGACCCAGCUCUUUGCUGAGCACUUCUUUGCUGGAGUGGAGGUGAUUAUCCUCACCGCCAUGGCCUAUGACCGCUAUGUGGCCAUUUGCAAGCCAUUGCACUACCCCUCUAUCAUGAACUGGAGGCUCUGUGGUAUCCUGAUGGGGGUAGCCUGGACGGGUGGCUUCUUACGUUCUGUGAUACAAAUUGUCUUUAUUUUCCAGCUGUCCUUCUGUGGCCCCAAUGUUAUCGAUCACUUCCUAUGUGAUUUGUACCCAUUAUUGAAGCUUGUCUGUACUGACACUCACAUCCUUAGCUUUUUGGUUGUUGGCAGUAGUGGGUUUAUCUGCAUCAUAAUCUUCUCCUUGUUGCUCAUCUCCUAUUGUGUCAUCUUGCUCUCGCUAAGAACUCAUAGCUCUGAAGGACGCCUGAAAGCUCUCUGCACCUGUGGAUCUCACAUUGCUGUCGUGGUUUUAUUCGUUGUCCCAUGCAUAAUUGUGUAUGUCCGACCUCCGUCUGCUUUCUCCUUCGACAAGAUGGUGGCCAUAGUUUACACCUUCGUAACUUCCUUGCUCAAUCCUUUGAUUUAUACUUUCCGGAAUAAGGAAGUGAAAAAUGCUAUGAGGAAAUUGUGGACCAGAUUGGUGGUGGUUUCUGAUGAAAAAUAAAACAUUAAACUUAAAAAAAUUGAAUUUCAAGAGGAAAGAAAUCAAAAUGGGCUUGACCAAAUACUUUAUAGGGGCUGGAAACUGUAUUGCUGACAGUAAUGUAAUGCAACAGAAAAAUACUAAUGGGUAGGUCAGGAAAUGCUAUUUGCACCCUCAGGUCACUCAUAUCUUGGAGUUGGCAGCUCAGUAUCGUCUUAGGGAAUCUGAGGAGAGUUGAAUUUUAUGUUUGUUUAGAAUAUAAUAAUGAAAAGAAUUCACUAAAAGACAGGAAUCAGAUUAUUAAGCUUCUUGCCAUUCAAACCAUACUUUGAAAAACUUUUAUGGAAAGAAGGAAAAAAAUAUCUUAGAUAUCAGGAAUAGGAACUUCCUGAAGCUAUUUUAACUGAAAAAAAAAGUUUACUUGUAGAGUACUGAUCCUAGUUGAGCAGCCCUGGUGGCACUGUAAGUAAGCCCUCGGCUGCUGAUGUAAGGAGUGUUUGUUCGAAACCAUCUCCUGCUCUACAGCCGAAAGAUGUGGCAGUCUGCUUUCCUUAUAAAGAUCACAAAUCUGGAAACCUUUCCAGUCACAAUUCAAGGGAUGGCAAUGUUUGUUUGUUUGUUUAAGGCGCAUUUCUUCCUAGCUAAAAGACAUUUCCCAGCAUCCAGUGUAGUUAGGUGUGGCCACGUGACGAAUUAAGGCCAAUAAAAUAUAAAUGAAGGUGGUAUAUUAAAUGAUAAUUCUGUGAAUGUGGAAUCGUUGUGGGAAUUCAGGCAGCCAUUUUGGACCAUGAGGAUGUGUGUUAAGGUUAGCGGAAAAGCAACACUGAAGGAUUCCAUAUCCCUAACAUAGAGUUGUAAUACCAGCCCCAUACUACUUGGCUCAAACUUCAUUUAUGUAAGAGAGAACUAAAUUUUCAACUUGUUUAAGUCACUGCUAAAAAAUAAAGUAAUAUCAAAAUCUAUAUCAUCUAUUACAUUUAUGAACUGCUCUGUUCUUUAAUGCUGUGAUAUUCCCUGUUAAUUAGUUCUCACAAAUUUCGUAUCAUUCUGUGGGAUCCCCAAAUUAGUUCACGUUAAAUAGACUUUACUCGUUAAGCAUGUUAUUUAACAGCUCAAUGUCUGACU